AUGUGGAUUUAUAGAGAUAAUAAUGGUGGGGUUACUGGUGCUAUUUGGACUAAAGAAACAAUCCAAAUUCCUUAUCAUUGGGAUAAAAUAGGCUAUUUAACUUUGAAAGCCAUUGCCGGCACAGAUUUGAUAGUCAUAAAAUGCUUGUUGUGGCCGCAAGGCUUAGAGUACGAGGUGCAUCAUUUGGGCGAAUGUCUCCAUUAUUACAAUCGGAAAGAGAAGAAAUACUACAGAAAUAAGUUUGAGAUUGUACUCAAACACGGUGCCUGUAAUUAUGUUGCUCAUCAGAUUUCAACUUUCAUUGAGACUCUAUUGCCUGUUCAGACCCUCCAAUACAGUAAAGAAAAUGUUAAGGAAACGGACAAGAUCAACUGGCUUUCAAGAGGAGAGGUUUACAAGUCUCAUCUAAAAGCUGUUUUCAAACUUUUCAUCAUCAUCUUCUUCAUUAUCAUUACUGCUUUGACCUUCUCAUUUGUGAAGCUUGCUGGGGACAAUCAUAAUCAGAGUGUUCAGCUUAGAUCAUCCGAAACACGUGGAUAUAAUGCGAAUAACUACGGCACCAACACCAACACCAACACCCUAUUAAUCUAUCCAAUUUGGCCUCCAACUUCUUACCUAAAAAUCCAGAGGGUUUUGUUCUCCAAAGAUGACUUAUCUUUUGAUGAUUCUCAAGGUGGAUCAUCAGAAACCACUGUCAUUCCUUCAUUAUCAUGUCCUUAUUUCAGAAAUGAUAUAUCUGUAUCUCUUGGUAUUGGAACACAAAUGAUGAAACCCGUAUACGGGUUGGUCUGUUUUGUCUGUCUGGAUGGUGUCAGCGAAGGUCGUCAUUCUGUUCUCAUCUACAAUCCCAGCACCCGUGAAAAGACAUCGUGGAUCAAAACAAGAAGUAAAAGAGACGCAUUCGAAAGUGUCUUUCAUGAGCUAGAAACAAGUAAACAAAAUUAUCACAGGGCAAUAAAAUUUACUACCCAACGCCUCAUCAACUGUAUGUUUGCAUUUGGAAUGGACCCAAGUACUAAGCAACACAAAGUGCUAUUCAUUUAUACUUUACUUUACAGACUAACAUCUUCCAGUUCCCCUGUCUCUGAUCAUGUUAAAGUUAUUUGCGACGUCAUGACUGUAGGCGAGAAUAUUUGGAGAAAGGUUGAUCAUAACCACACCCAGCUCGAUAUUUCUAAUGGUGCACACCCCGCUCAUGUGAAUGGAUCUAUAUAUUGGAUAAUGUCCCCUGGUAAGGAUAAGGAUAAAGUCGUGAUGGUAUUUGAGGUUGCAAGCGAAACGUUUAGGGUGAUUCUAAUCCCUAAUUUCAUCCUUGAUCGUCUCUUGUAUUUGGAUGGAGUCACACCACUGGUGAAUAUAUUAGUAGAAGUUGAUGGACAUUUAACUAUACUUGUCACAGAAGGGGAAAACUUGCUCAACUUGUGGAUUUACAGUGAUAAUGAUUGGGUUACAGGUGCUAAUUGGACUAAAGAAACAAUCCAAAUGCCUCGUCAUUGGGAUGAAAUACACUACUUAGUUUUCAAAUCCAUUACUGGCACAGACUUGAUAAUCAUAAAAUUCUUACCAGGGCCGGGAUGCUUAAAGUACGAGAGGCAUCAAUUGCGCGAAUGUCUCUAUUAUUACAAUCGAAAAGAGAAGAAAUAUUACAGAAAUCAGUUUGAGAUUGUAUUAGAUGAUGGUGGAUAUAAUGGUGCGCAUCAUAUUACAACUUUCUUUGAGACUCUAUUGCCUGUUCACACCAUCCAACAGAAUGAAGAAAUUGUUACCUAAGAAACAAAAAAUAGAAAAGGUAAAG